AGCUGCAAGCGGAGUCUAGACUGUCCUGAUCAUUUCGGAGGGUCGGGAUCGCGACCGAAGGGCACUUGGACCAGCUGUGUGCGGUUCCUGAAUUAUUAGUGCCUGGCUUUUGGAUCGUUUGCAAGCCGAAAAGCGGACUGUUAGGCGCACAACUCCUAUAGUGGAACUGAGAUGAGAAUUGGGAUAUCUGGAUAAGCGCAGAUGGCGCUGACAGAGAUUGAUCCUCAUAGUCUGAGUUAAUAUACUUGAUUGGCGAUCGUAACAUGUGAUUGAACCGGCUUUCAAUCAACCGAACUCAGUUAUGCGGGUGUAGUAAAUUGAAUGACAACACUCUUCCGAUGGUGAUCUCUACAUUAUCGUCAACUUCGCCUGUAGUUAGUUAGCCUGAAAAUAUUGACUGAAGAUGCCAGGAUGUAUGCAGAAGCAGGUGAACCCCCCUGCCCUCUUCAUGCCUUAGUCAGAAGAUCUCAGCUCAUCCACAUCUUCGUUUCUGCAUCUCCAUGCACAGCUUCCUACCAUUCCCGGUCUUUGCGCCGGGAUCUCUCGCGACACGAACAUGAACAUGAACCCCUUCCGGCCGAGGAGAUCACUCCUCCAUCCUGGCUCAUCUCAGUCUCAGUCUUAGCUACCACACGGACUGACCCACACCUUCCUGUCUCAACCUCGAGUGCCGAGCCGGACCGCAACGGUUGUGAUGAGAUGAUCCAGCGUGCCCACCGCGGGCCAGGAUACCGUUCAGUCAGUGACAGCUUCGUUCCACUAGCCUAUAACAUCCCGAAUCGGCCGUGGUCUCGGAGGUCGGGUGGAGCAGCAGACGCUGGCCUGGCGCCGUUGAUGCUCGGUCUCUGCCUCAACAGUCGCCAGACGAGGUUUAGUCCUAGGGAAAGAAAAAACUUUUUUUGGGUCUUGGUUCCUGCCAACUUUUUUCGCCGCGGCGAGUCUCCAUACCACCAUGGCAUACUUACCUCCGAACAGUCUCCAUAUCCGGCCGAACAUGUCCUCCUGCUGGCCUCUACAAACUACGGAGCCUGGCCGGUGCACCGGGGUGAUUGGUUAGUCAAGAUUCGCCUCCGAAGGAUUUUUUUCAUUAGAGUGUUCUUAUAUUUUUCUUAUUUUAUUUUUAUUCUAAGCGAAUUCCCUCUGGUUUGGGUAGCUACGCACACGACACGCACUCUCUUUAUGGCAGCACCCCUCCACGACCUUCGAUCAUAUCUCAUGAAUAGAAGCCUUCCUCGCUGUCAUACCGGUUGA